CUGAUACAAGUAAAGUUGGCUGCCCCAUCUCUACCAAAAAGCUGACCAUGAAGCAAGAAUUUCUCACAACUGCAGAAGAGUUAUAUGCAGCGCUAACAGAACAGCAGAGACUUGAAGCUUUCACCCAGAGCUCAGUAAAGGUGGAUGCUAGUCGUGGAGGAACAUUUGUACUUUUUAAUGGCAAUGUGUCAGGAAAAUUCCAGGAAUUGGUUUCAGAGGAAAAGAUAGUAAUGCUGUGGAGAUUCAAGAGCUGGCCUGAAGGACACCACUCCACAGUGAAAAUCACUUUGGAUCAGAAAGAUGACCGUACUGAGUUGACAUUAGUACAGACAGGCAUCCCUGAGGAAGAUUUUGAGCGCACAAAAAGUGGAUGGAAACAGUACUACUGGGAAGCAAUGAAACGAACAUUUUGUUGGGGGAUGCGAUACUUCUGACUAGAGUUUCUGUAUGACUUGGCAUUGUUUUACUUUGAGCAUGUAGUAGUGACCUAAACUGUUUGUUUAGUAUCUCAUUGUUGGACUUAGAUUGACUCAAGAUUUUGUAUGACCUAUAGGUACAUGUAGUUGGGAUAAUUUUUGUGGGUGGGGAAGGCAGGGAAAUAGAACAUAAACCUGUAUUUGCAGAGCUACUUAAUAGGGGAGAAACAGA